AUACCCUCAGAGCUGUAAAAGGCCAAAAAAUGUGCUCAAAAGCACGCCCAGCCCUGCUCAUAUCCCAUCUUAUUCCAUCCCAUUCCCCAGAAGUCCACCGUGCUACACCACGGUUGCUGCUAGGCGGCAAAAGCGGCCUCUGAUGCCCAAAUCAUUUCAUCCGGCUUGCUAAAGGAGAGAUAGGUGGUAGCUAGCAUAGGACGCCCCUCCCAAGUUAUCCUCUUGGACCGGCUAAAUCUUGCGUUCCUGAACUUGCAAGCCAGAUUCUUGCAUUCCCCCGCAAGUUUCUUCGGUCGGUCGCCGCAUCACGCCGAGGGUUGGCGGUUCGCCGGCGUCGAUUGGUCUCUGCGCGCAUUGUUUAGUUCAGUCUUGGUUUCUUUUUCUCUUGUUCAAAUGCCCUGGUAUUUAAGGUGAGGGGGAGCUUUGCAAGAAAGGAAUGGCUUGGAUGGGUUUAGUAGCAUGAGGUGGUAGCGGGAGAGAGAGCAGAGACUUGAAGCUUGUCCUGUUCAUUCAUCUUCUUCUCCUUCUGCCAUUGCUGGCGUACGUACGCGCGUCUUGUUUUUUCUGCUCAAAGGUUCAGUUCAGUUGCUUGUUCCUUCUUCCAUUGCUGGCACCGAUCGAUCUUUUUUCGGUUUCAUCUUUUGCUGUUCAAGAGGUCCAGUUGCUUGCUCUUUUCGAUCUUCUUGGAGGUGUUUGUUCUUGCCGAGGUCCGAGUGAGACUGAAUCAGCAGCAUCAAUGCUACUGUUUGGAAGACAAAGACUGCUUCCUGCAGUGUCAGGAUUUGUGAUUCUCUUGCUUGCAAGCUCAAUCCAUGGCGCUUCAGAUAGCCUCGAGGGUCUGAACCAAAGCUACAAGAUCGUUCAGCCAUUGGAGCUGACGCCCAAGCUGUCGCUGCAGCUCAAGCUCCACGCCUUCCUGCUCUGGUCGUCGGUCGGCUUCCUGAUGCCGAUCGGCGUGCUGCUGAUCAGGUUCUCGAGCAACGUGAAGAGCGCCAAGGCCGUCAGGGUCCUCUUCUACUGCCACGUCGCCGCGCAGGUCGCCGGCGUGGCCCUGGCCACCGCCGCCGCGGCGCUGUCGAUCACCAACUUCGAGAACGCGUUCAACAACACCCACCAGAGGAUCGGGGUCGCCCUCUACGGCCUCAUCUGGCUCCAGCCGCUCAUCGGCUUCCUCAGGCCCGACAGGGGCGUGAAGGCGAGGAGCGUGUGGUACCUGGCGCACUGGCUGCUGGGGGUGGCGGUGUGCGUGGUCGGGGUGGCCAACGUCUACAUCGGCCUCCACACGUACCGGGAGAGGACCGGCAGGAGCGUCGGGCUCUGGCCGGCGCUCCUCACCGCCGAGGUCUCCGCCGUGGCGCUCGUGUACCUCCUCCAGGACAGGUGGAACCACGUCGUCCGGCAAGAAGAGGCGGCCACUGGCGACGAGCGGCGGUCAGAGACGGAGACGUCCGAGGAGUCUCUGUCGUACCCGGCCAACGACCACAAGGAGGUGGCCGUGAUGCCGUAGCAUGACGAUAUAUGGGAGCUCGCUUGGGCAAAUGCAACACCGAUCUGUACAGUUCAUGUGUGCUUGGGAAUGGGAUCGCGUGUUGGUAACUCGUUAGCUGAAGCUGCAGAUUGAACAGCUUACAGUGAGAGUAGAUAGAAAACAACCCUCGGUUCUGCAUUUUCCCUGGCCGGGGAUUGCAUGAUCAAUGAACAUGAGAUUUACACACGGUACCAAUAUAGUGAGACAUUCCAGGAA